UCCUGGGUCAAGAACGGGAGCGAAUGGGAAUCGGAGCGCUGAUGUCUAGUGCUGGGAAAGCAGCCUGGGGGCUCAGUGAAUGGGGCCUCUUGAGCUGAUGAUGGCGAGUACAGAGGUGACAAAGGGAGGAAUAGGGAGCCAGUAGAUCAAAGAGAGAAUGGCUCUUGCACCAAAGACGGGGAGAAGUAAGGAGGAAGAGUGAAAGGUUCUUAGGUGGGCAGUGGGCAGAAAUGACAGGCUCUCAGGUGAAGGAUGGAUGGGGAGGAAGGAAUGGGAUCAGGGUACUGGAAGUGAGGCAGGAGAACCCUUGGGUUGAGGAUGGGGCUUCCAGGUCAAGAGGAUGACAAAUGUCAAGCUCCUGGGCCAGGACAGGGAAGAAUUGGUGGGAAUGGGGAUUUCUCUUCCUUAAAUCAGCCAGUUGCCUGUGGCAGGUGGCAGGUUUUGCACAAGUAUUAAUAGAUACCAAUGGUUUAUGUGACCUGGGGCACAACAUGUCACCUCCCGACAGGCUGUUUCUCCUGUUGCCUCCUCCAUAUUGCAGGCCCCUGCUCCUUCCUGUGGCUCCCAUGGCUGAGGAGUGGCUGGACUGCCCAGCCCUGGGCCCCGGCUGGAAGCGUCGUGAGGUUUUUCGAAAGUCAGGUGCCACCUGUGGACGUUCAGACACCUAUUACCAGAGCCCCACAGGAGACAGGAUCCGAAGCAAAGUUGAGCUGAUUCGAUACCUUGGCCCUUCGUGCGACCUCAGCCUCUUCGACUUCAAACAAGGCAUCCUGUGCUAUCCAGCCCCCAAGGUCCAAAACUUGGCUCUCCCCGGAAGGAAGCGGAAGAAGCCUUCGAAGCCAGUUAAAGCUCGAAAAUGUCAGGUUGGACCCAAGAGGGUUGAGGUUAGAAAGGAGGCCCCAGGGGCUAAAACCAAGGCUGAUGCUGACACGGCCCCAGCAUCACUCCCUGCACCUGGGCACUGUGAGAACUGUGGAAUCAGCUUCUCAGGGGAUGGGACUGGAAGGCAGCGGCUCAAGACAUUGUGCAAGGACUGCAGAGCACAGAGAAUUGCUUUCAACCGGGAGCAGAGGAUGUUUAAGCGUGUGGGCUGUGGAGAGUGUGCAGCCUGUCGGGUAACCGAGGACUGCGGGGCCUGUUCCACCUGCCUUCUGCAGCUGCCCCAUGAUGUGGCCUCGGGGCUAUUCUGCAAGUGUGAGCGGAGACGGUGCCUCAGGAUUGUGGAAAAGAGCCGAGGGUGUGGAGUGUGCCGGGGCUGUCAGACCCGAGAGGACUGUGGCCGUUGCCGAGUCUGCCUUCGCCCUCCCCGCCCUGGUCUCAGGCGCCAGUGGAGGUGUAUCCAGCGGCGCUGUCUACGACAUCUUGCCCAUCGCCUUCGUCGCCGCCAUCAACGAUGUCAACGACGUCCUCCCCUAGCUGUGGCUCCCCCUGCUGGUAAGCAUAGCCGCCGCAGGGGAGGCUGUGACUCCAAGAUGGCUGCCCGGCGGCGUUCCAGAACCCAGCCACUACCUCCACUUCCCCCACCUCAGCCUCCAAAGACCCCAGCGCUGCACCCCAGAGCCCUGGGCCCCUCAUCACCUGCUGAGUUCAUCUAUUACUGUGUAGACGAGGACGAGCUACAACCUUACACAAACCGCCGGCAGAACCGAAAGUGUGGGGCCUGUGCAGCCUGCCAGCGGCGGAUGGACUGUGGCCACUGUGACUUCUGCUGCGACAAGCCCAAAUUCGGAGGCAGUAACCAGAAGCGCCAGAAGUGUCGUUGGCGCCAGUGCCUGCAGUUUGCCAUGAAGCGCCUGCUGCCAAAUGUCUGGUCAGGGUCUGAGGAUGGGGCAGCGUCACCCCCACCUAUCCCUCGUCGAAAGAGGCCAGGAUCUACUCGACGGCCCCGUGUAGGCCAUUCCUUGAAGACCCCCUCGGUUACGCCCACAGUCCGAACAAACCAAGCCCAGACUCCAGUGAAACAGGAAACAGGCAAUGGCUUUGUGUUGCCCCCGCCUGGCACUGACCUUGUGUUCUUACGGGAGGGUGCAAGCAGUCCUGUGCAGCCUUGUUCCAGGAAGCUGGGACCAAGUCUGCUGCAAUCCUCCUUCACACAGCGGGCCCAGUGCCCUGGCCUGAGUUGGGUUGUGGUCUUAUCCCAGGUGAAGCAAGAGAAAGUGGAUGCUCAGGAAGACUGGACACCAGGCAGAGCCAUCCUGACUUCUCCCGUAUCGCUGCGUGGCUGCCCCAGCAAGGCAGUAGACUCAGGCCUGCCAGUUGUGAAGCAAGAGCCACCUGACUCUGAGGAGGAAAAAGAGAAGAGCAAGGAUGACUCCGCCUCUGAUUCAGCCCCAAAGGAGCAGGCACGAGGGGCUGGCACGCCAGUGAUCACGGAGAUUUUCAGCCUGGGUGGAACCCGUCUUCGGGACACAGCAGUCUGGUUGCCAAGUUUCUGCAGGCCAGAAGUCCCUCCAUCUGCACUUGGGCAAUUACAGAGCUACUGAUUAAGUCCCUGCUGGAUACACUGCAGUAUGGGUGGUAACAGCAGUGAAUACAAUGACCAUGGAAUGUUCGUCUUUCAGGAGUAUUCCUGCCUUCAGGGAGCUUAUAAUCUGACUGGGGAAACAGUUUCCCUGUGCAUGAAACCAUUACAUAUAACACAAAAGGGAGUGAUGUGCUGUUUGUAAUGCAAGAUUUUAGAAGAGAGAGAGGAAUAAUUAAGGGAAGAAGAGUAGGAAAUGGUUUUGUGAUGCUCCAUUUUGUACAUAGCAAACAACCUUCAACAUGCAGACCUGCUCCCUCUUCUCUAGGUCCAAGGACCUUAAAAAACCUGGAACUAGAAAGCAGUAGACUGGAGGCUUCUGCAGACUGUAGGAUUCAAGGUGAAAUUUACAGACCGGCUUUAUGAGAGACAACACUGACCUACUCAGAGGCUGGACCUUAAAGCGAUUGCCAGGGCUUGUGUAGGAGUCAGUGGGAACUGGAAACACCACCAAACCAGAGGAGCAGGCCUGUUCAGUCCUUUGAGCUUAUAGAGGAAGGAAGGAAGGAAGGAAGAAAGGAAGAGAAAGUAGAAAGUUGGUGCAUCUGCUCCAAAUGGUGCAAAUCCCAGAAGCCUGAACAUGACAAGAAGUUUGAGGAGUUGGGAUUGGGGCUGGGGGUAGAAGUAAAGCCACCAUAAACCAGCUAAACAAGCCAUCUUCAUAAACAUGACGUGGCUUCUGGGUGAGACCUGGCAGUGUCUCGAAACAUUUCCUCAGGGAGACAGCAAUUGAAAAUGUAAUGUGAGUAAAUAAGGAAAGGAACUGCAAUCUGGUGAUUCUUCCUUAGGGACCCAGUUUAUUUCUCAGAAUGGUCUUUUCAGAAAGACUGAUUUUGCCCAUUUUUGCAGAUGGAAAGACACACUCAGAAAUUAACUUGUUCAAUGUCAAACAGCUAGUAUUGAUAGAGUCUAGAAUUAAACCAUUAAUGU